AUGGCGUCCGACUUUUCCGAAGAGCUGCUAAACGAAUACACAGACUCAGAACUGAUUCAACACAUCAGAGCGUCGCCCUCAGUCGACCCUGUCGUCUGGCGGACCUGCAACCUCUCGCCGCAUCUCAUCGCCAAGCACUAUCAGCCUUCCGAGGUCGACGAUGCCCUGCUGGCCGCCAAAGUCGCCAGCCAGCUUGGCAUCCGCAGUACGUCCGUCCGCAGGGUCAUCAAGAACGAGGCCACUGCCUUUACCGUCAUGGAUCGAAUCGAGGGGACUACGCUGGACGUCGUCUGGAAGAAAUUGGGCUGGUUCAUGACCCUCAAACUCGGCCUGCAGCUGCGGCGCUUCGUGAAAAUACUCAGAUCCGUCACGUCUCCAACCGCCGGAUCGCUCGCGACAGGCGCAUGCAGAUCGUUCUGGCUGGAGGAUCGCUUCGAGCUUCCGGCGCACUCGGGGCGAGCCGAAUUCGCCCACUUCUUCCGAUUCUGGGGGAACUUUACCUCGGGGAAGCGGGCCUUCCAAGAGGCAAAGCUGCCGCGAGCGCCCGACUUCAAGGAUGUCACUCCGCUCACCAUCGAUCCGUUUGUCUUGACACAUGGUGACCUUGCGCCGCGCAACCUUCUUGUUUCGCCUUCGGGCCAGCUUUGGCUGUUGGACUGGGACAUCGCUGGGUUCUAUCCGGUGACCUUCGAGUAUGCGGGAAUGUAUAACUUUAACAUCCCGCGGGACUGGGGGCUCAUGGAUCGGUUGCGAUGGCAUCUCUUUGUCUGGAUGGCGGUCGGCUAUCACGAGGCUGACGCACGCAUGCUCCGGAUCAUGCGUUCUAAAUUCACACGUUUCGCUGUCGGUAGGAGAUUCGAGCUAUUGGAAAAGGGAGGCCCUUCAAGACGCGUUGUAAAGUGA